AUGGCCAUCCCAGACGAACAACUCCACCCAACCGCCACCGGCCCCGCAGCCGAGGUCGUCAAGGCGCACUCCCACGCCAGCAAGCCAGGCGAGCACGUCCUCUACUCGGGCUGGUUCUGCCCCUUCGUGCAGCGCGCGUGGAUCACCCUCGAGGAGAAGGGCAUCCCCUACCGCUACCAGGAGAUCAACCCCUACAAGAAGGAGGCCUCGUUCCUGGCGCUCAACCCGCGCGGGCUGGUCCCCACCCUCGGCGUGCCGACCAGGGACGGCGGCGAGCAGCCGCUGAUCGAGUCGGGCGUCAUCUGCGACUACCUGGACGAGACGUUUCCGGACGUCCCGCUGUACCCGAGGGACGACCCGUUCAAGAAGGCCAAGCUGAGGGUGUCCAUCGACUAUGUCACCAGCCGCAUCAUCCCGGCCUUCCACAGGUUCCUGCAGCAUACGCCUGACAAGCCCUACGGCAUUGAUGAGGCGCGGAAGGAGUUCCUGAACACACUUGUGACAUGGAUCAAGGAUGCUGACCCGGAGGGACCUUUCUUUGCGGGCAAAGAUCUGACCAUGCCGGAUGUCAUCCUCGGCCCGUGGGCGGUGCGGCUGUGGGUGUUUGACCACUUCAAGGAGGGCGGACUGGGCAUCCCGAAGCCCGGAGAGGGCGGCGCGGACGAGAAGGCUUGGGAGCGGUGGAGGAAGUGGGCUGCUGCUAUUGAGGGGAGGGACAGCGUCAAGAACACGUUGAGCGAGAGGGAGUAUUACCUGCCCAUAUACGAGCGGUAUCACACGGACAAGGCGCAGAGCGAGCUUGCGAAGGCGACAAGGGCUGGUCGUGGCGUGCCUUAG